AUGGAACCCAGUAAUCACACCAGGGUGACCGAGUUCAUCAUGCAGGGGCUCUUUGACCAUCCUCACCAUCAGGGGCUGUUCUUUGGCCUAUUCCUCUGCCUUUAUACAGCUGUCGUCAUGGGCAAUUCCCUGAUCAUUGUGGCUAUUGUCCUACACCCACCUCUCCACACCCCCAUGUACUUCUUCAUUGCCAAUUUGGCCACCCUCGACAUUAUGUGCAGUUCUUCAGUUCUGCCCAAGAUGAUGAAAAACCUGAUGCAGGAGAAGAAAACCAUCUCCUUUGAUGGCUGCAUGGCCCAGGUCUUUGCCUUCACUUUGUCAGGGGGGAUAGAGCUUAUGCUCCUCACUAUCAUGUCAUAUGACAGGUAUGUAGCCAUCUGCCACCCCUUGCGCUAUGUCAACCUCAUGACCAAGAGAAUUUGCAUCAGUUUAGCCAUCGGGGUCUGGGCUGUUGGUGUUGUCAAUUCAGUGGUGAACACAUUGAUCAUGCUGCGCUUGGAUUUUUGCGGGCCAAACCUCAUCCAGCAUUUCUUCUGUGAGAUCCCACCUGUGCUGGCACUGUCCUGCAGCUCCAUCUACCUCAACCAAGUUAUGAUGAUCUUGGCAGACAUCUUCCUGGCCAUGGGAAACUUCAUGCUGACCACCGUGUCCUAUAGCUUCAUCAUCAUCACUAUCCUGAAAAUCCGGAGCUCCAAAGGGAAGCAGAGAGCCUUCUCCACCUGUUCCUCCCACUUGCUUGUGGUCACCUUGUUCUAUUCCUCCAUCAUCUACACCUACAUCCGGCCAACCUCCAGUUAUUCACUGGAUAAGGACAAGUUGGUGGCCAUAAUGUACACUCUAGUGACUCCCAUUCUGAACCCUCUGAUCUACAGUCUGCGCAAUAGGGACAUCAAAAUGGCCUUCAGGAAAAUCUACCUCUGCUUGAGAUUCUCCACUGUGGGCCUUCUCUUGGAGGUGUUUCUUGCAAGAAGCCAGAGGAGAGGCGCUCCCUCAUAA